GUCAAAAUGAACCUGAAGUUGAACUCCUUCUCAUGGAACCCAAUGGAACCCUUUAUUUUCACAGCGGCAUCUGAAGAUUACAAUCUUUAUACUUUCGAUGUUCGCUUCUUCAAGCAUCCAAGGAGGGUGUUCAUUGGCCACACCAACGCAGUUAUGGAUGUUGAUUACUCGCCUUCGGGGCGUGAAUUCGCAUCUGCUAGCUAUGAUGACACGAUUCGUAUUUGGAGUACAGAUACAACAUCCUCUGUGGAUGUGUAUCACACUCGUCGUAUGAAGCGUGUCCUGAAAGUCAAAUUUACGUUGGAUGGCCGAUUUCUCCUCUCGUCCUCUACCGAUCAGAAUGUGCGAUUAUGGAAAGCACAUGCGAGCGAAAAACUCGGGGCGGCUUUCAAUUUCACGGGUUACUUUAUGCCUGAUAGUCUGCGUCUCAAUGUUCUGUCAGCCGGCCCCCUUCUUUAA